UCUUUACUUAGUGUCCUUAUUCCCGACUGCAUUUUUUAUGCUUUCAACAAUCAAUCUGCAAAGUUGGCGUGUGUCCAGAACCCCAGGGAGGACUGUGAUUGGCAAGUGUGAAAGAAAGGAAAGCAUGGUCCAGAGGGUGGCAAUCAUUGGAGCUGGGGCCAGUGGACUGGCCUCCAUCAAGUGCUGUCUGGAUGAGGGGCUGGAGCCCACCUGCUUUGAGCAAAGUGAUGACAUCGGGGGCCUCUGGAGGUUCACAGAAGCUGGGAGGAUCAGUGUCUACAGAUCGGUGAUAACCAACACCUCCAAGGAGAUGAUGUGUUUCAGCGAUUUCCCCUUCCCAGAGGAUUUCCCCAACUACAUGAACCACUCCAGACUCCUGGAGUAUUUCAGAAUGUACGCCGAGUGCUUCAGCCUUCUCAGAUACAUACGCUUCAAGACCACAGUUCACAGUGUAAGGAAACGCCCAGAUUUCUCCACCACUGGCCAGUGGGAUGUUUUCACUGAGACUGAUGGGACGGUUGAGUCGGCCGUUUUUGACGCUGUUAUGGUUUGCAGUGGCCAUUAUGCAGAGCCCCAUUUACCACUGGAUUCUUUCCCUGGUAUAGAAAAUCGCUUUAGAGGCCAGUACCUCCACAGCUGGGAAUACAAAGACUCUGCCAGGUUCCAAGGGAAGAGAGUCCUUGUGCUCGGUGUUGGGAAUUCUGGAGGAGAUAUCGCCGUGGAGAUCAGUCGGGUGGCUGCUCAGGCCUCAAUUAUUUUCCAGGUGUUUCUCAGCACCAGAAGUGGCACGUGGGUGAUUAGUCGUAUUUCAGACCAUGGCUUCCCUCUUGACAUGAUGCUCACCACUCGCUUUCACAACUGUCUUGAAAACUUCCUCCCAUCAGCCCUCAUGAGACGGCUAAGACUGAAGAAGUUCAAUACAUGGUUUGACCAUGCAAAUUAUGGCUUGAUUCCUCAGAAAAGUCCAAACCUAAGCUUAAUUGUGAAUGAUGAGCUGCCAAGCUGCAUCCUCUGCGGUGCUGUUGUGGUAAAACCAAAUGUGGAGGAGUUUAUGGAAAGCUCAGCUGUCUUUGAAGAUGGGACCGUAGAGGAGAACAUCGACAUGGUGGUCUUUGCUACCGGAUACAGUUUCUCUUUUCCCUUCCUUGAAGAGUCUGUUCGCAACAUCUGCAGAAGCAACUACGCCCUUUACAAAUACAUCUUCCCACCGCCUCUGGAGAAGCCGACGCUGGCUGUCCUAGGCCUUAUAGAGCUAACAGGCUCCAUCAUGGCAGGAACAGAACUCCAGGCUCGUUGGGCCACAAGGGUCUUUAAAGGGUUGAAUCAGCUCCCUCCUGCCAGCAGGCUGAUGGCUGAAGUUGCCAAGAAGCAGCAGCAUCUAAUUAAACAUUUUUUGAAACUGAAUGAAACUGAGUUUCACACAGAUUCAAAACCACCCAGAAAUGGCACCAGUUUGACACAACAGCACUCAAAAUAGAUCCAUUUCUACUGGGAACCAGAUCCGAGUGAGCUCAAAGGGAUCACAAACUUUUUGACAAACUUGGACCAAGUCUCGAGUUGCAACAGAACAAAACCAGGUGAGCUUUGCACAUUUGGGGAUUUAUUUGAUCUGGCUCUAACCCUGAAGUUAAUGGUUUUCCUCUAGAGCAGUGGCACCAUCUUGUGGCUAAAAAGAAAUGGCAGCUGUUUCCUGUGCCUGGAUUCCCCUUCUUCCUAGUUCAGGAGAAACAGGAGUGAGAGUCAACCACUGAUUAUAAAACUGAAAGAGUUCUGAUUGCAGGCCUGUCUGAUGAGGCUGCUGGUAGAACAGUGUGUGCAGCAUUCUACACUAGUGCCUGUUAAAACGAUGCCUGCCAGGAUUGCAGGGGGAUCCUCUGGCAAUUAUAACACUGCAUACAAAGUGUCCCUCUAGUAACCACACCUUAGUUCUGGGGGGGAUCCCAUCAGCUGACCCCAUUUAUGUUCCAAGGGAAUUUCCUUUCAUGACCAUGCUGGAGCUCCAGGAUGCCCAUUCUGGUCCUUGUGCUUUUCUGGCUAUGUUGCAAUUCUCACUGCUUCCUUCUCCCCCUGAAUCCAGCUCAGGGAGAACGUGGCAGGGUAGACAUGACAACAAAAAUCUUCUCAUGGGCUUAAAGCAUGGGCAGCAGGUAUAAUAGGCCAGGGGAAGCUAAGCCUCCCCAAACAGGAUGUGGUGCGCCUCCCUCUGGAGGCAUGACGCUAGCCUUCUGCCUUUGGAGCGCUGCGACCGAAAGAGCACCCGGGCCACGGCCCCACCCACACUCCACCUGAGGUCCUACUCCCACAUCCCACUCUUACCCCAUGGCCCUGUCCACAUUGCUCCUCUUCCCAUCCCUCCUCCACCUCUUCCCUCCCGCCUGCCUCUUGUGCCUCUUCUCCCUUACCCCCAUAGCCCCUCCACCCACCGUUCAUGCCUCUUUGCCCCCGAGAGGCAGAGAGGCACGGGGAAAAGAGACCCUCAGGAGAGUGGGAGGAUAGAGGCACAAGCAGUGGGGGAAGGGGGGGCUUGAAGGAGGGGGCAGAAAGACACGAGUGGCGGAGGGAGGGGCUUGGAGAAGGGGGGCCGAGCAGGAGCGGGGCCUAGGGCAGAGUGGGGGUGGAGUGCGGGUGGGACCUCGGCAGGAGGAUGCUGAGUGGGGCUGAGCCUCAGGGCGGAGCAGGAGGUGGAGCCACGGUCUGGGCACCGGUAGCCCACCCAGUUCUAGGGAGCUUCUGGCACUCAGGCCCAGCCUCCCCAAAUCCGGGAGUCAUGCGCCACCCAUGGCUUAGAGAGAACCAUAAAAUAUGGAACUAUCCAGGACCCUGAGAAUGAUCUUUAAAGGUCCAUUUGCUUGGGCAUUGUAGACUUUUAUCUAUGACCUUCAAAACCCAUCAUCUCAACAAUUGUCUCCCCUUCACAAGGACUGAGGCUUUGUCUUCACUACAAAAAAAAAGGGUGUGUUCUUAACUCAAGCAAGAGCUAACUCAAGGCAAAACCCUAGUGAAGAUAAAAACAAUAUUAGAAUUGAAAAAGGUACAGAGAAGGGCAACAAAAAUGAUCAGUUUCCAUCUGAGGAGAGAUUAAUAAGACUGGGACUUUUCAACUUGGAAAAGAG